UGGUGCGGUUCCCUGUCUCUUGGGAGAUCCGAUAAAACCUGGGCUCAUUCUUGGCUCGCGCUUCCGUCCGUGGCCAUAGCAAAAUGCCUCCCAAGAACAAGAAGCGGCAGCAGCAGAAGGCGAAAGCCAAAUCGGACGCGAAAUCGGCUCCGAAGCUCCAGAUAUCGGCGGAUAACGAGCGCCGCCUCCGCCGCCUCCUCUUGAAUACCGAGAGGCCGGCACCGCCGCCGGCGGCGGCGGCCGCCGCCAGUACGGACACCGCUUCGAGAGCUCAAAAAGCGAAGAGGCUCCGGACCAUCUACGACAAGCUCUCGCUCGAAGGUUUCUCUGCCGAUCAAAUCGAACAGGCUCUCUCUGCUCUCAAGGAGGGUGCAACGUUUGAGACUGCUCUGGACUGGUUAUGCUUUAAUACUCCUGGAAAUGAGCUUCCUCUGAAGUUUUCAAGCGGGGCUUCUUCAUCUACUCAUGAAGGGUCAGAACGAUCAGUUAAAAUCAUAUCUACGGCUCGGGAUGAUUGGGUUCCUCAGCAACAUCUACCAGAUGAAAGGAAAAAAGACAUGCCUGGAGUUUCUAUUGUAAUUAAAGCACAACGUAGUGAGGAGUUUCUAGAUCUGGGGAAAUCAUCACAUAAGGACUGGAUACGACAAUAUAUGGAACAACAGGAAGACGAGGAACAACAGGAAGAUGAGGAACAACAGAAACAGGAGGAUGAUCCGGACUCUCGUGCUGCUUCUAUUGCUAAGGAAUACCAUCAUGCAGUGUUGGGAGCUGUAGAAGCUAAACAGAAAGGAGACAAGAAAAGUCAGGACCAGUUUGGAAAGAUUAUCAGCAAACUCAAGCGCGAAUUAUCUAUGCUAGGACUGUCCAAUGACAUUUUGAAGUCAGGAUUGCAGGAUGAGUUUCUUUAUAGAUCUUCGGAGAACAUAUCGUGUGAUUCCACAACCUGGGUAUCCAACGAUUCAAAAACACAAGAUAGUGCAGGCGGUCGAGUAGACUUUGCCGUAGAUGAAAGCAAACAAAUAGUUAAUACAAACAUAAGUGAAAGCUUUAGUUUGAAGGAGAUCGAGCAUACCAUUGGUCGUCAGGAUAAAGCUGUUAGUGAGGAUGGAAAUAAUGAGGAACAGGAGUUAGAACUCGAUAAUCUAUUUUCCGAGGAUUUGUCUUCUGGUGUAGCAUUACCCACCGAAUUCUUGACACAACAAAAGAAGGAUAAAUUGCUACAAUUUGCAUAUGAGCAUACUUUAGGGAGCAUUGAUGAAAUAUGGAAGAAGGGAGACCCAGGAAGAAUCCCUAAGGCUGUUCUGCAAAAGUUCUGCCAGAAACUAGGUUGGGAACCACAAUACAGUAAAUUAUCUGAAAAAGAUGACAAGUUCCUAUAUUCUGUUAGCGUAUUGCGUACAGCAACUGGCCGAGGUAAAAGCCGGAAGGCUGGAGGUUUGAUUACCAUCCAACUUCCCAAUCUGGAGGAAGCCUUUGGUUUUGUUGAGGAUGCACAGAAUAAAGUAGCAGCUUUUGCCCUUUGCCAACUUUUUCCGGAUCUUCCACUUUCCCAAAUGCUUAGAGAACCAUACUCUUCAUUUGUUUCGAAAUGGCAGAAAGAUGAAUGCUCAGCCAAACUGGAAGAUAGCGAGGAUAUUCGUAGAGUAGGCUUCAUCGAUUCAUUAUUGAACAUUGAUACAUCGCAGCCAAUGAUUUCCAUGGAUUCCAAUAUUCUUUUUGAUGGUGAAAAUAUAGUAAAACCCAAAAAUCUGGAAGGAGCUUGUGAUGAUCCCUCUGAAAAAGGUAAAAUCAUGUCAUCAGUUUAUACAGCUCUAUUUCAUUCACAAUUUCAUCUCUUUUAUUGCACAAUGCUGGAAGCUAGGGCCUGCUCUACUCCCAUAGCUAGGCUGAAGGAUAGUUUCCUAAUUUACUGAAGGACAAUGAUGUGAUUGUUUGUUUGUGGAGAAACAGGUUGCGGUAAAACGACACAGGUUCCACAAUUUAUUUUGGACGACAUGAUUAACUCAGGGCAAGGUGGAUGUUGUAACAUAGUGUGCACACAACCCAGGAGAAUAGCAGCCAUCUCUGUUGCAGAAAGAGUGUCAGAUGAACGAUGCGAGUCCUCACCUGGUAGUAAUGAUUCAUUGGUUGGUUAUCAAGUUCGCCUUGAUAGUGCCAGGAAUGAGAAGACAAAGCUUCUCUUUUGUACCACAGGCAUCCUUCUUAGGAAGUUGGCAGGAAACAAGGACUUGGCUGGCGACAUAUAUGUUGAUGAAGUGCAUGAACGGUCUCUUUUGGGGGACUUUUUGCUCAUUGUUCUGAAAGACCUGAUCGAGAGGCAAUUUUCUCAUAGAAGGCAAAAAUUGAAAGUGGUUCUCAUGUCUGCAACAGUUGAUUCGAGUUUGUUCUCGAGGUAUUUUGGAAAUUGCCCUGUAAUCACCGCGGAAGGGAGGACACAUCCAGUUUCAACUUACUUUCUCGAGGAUGUUUAUGAAAACCUUGAGUAUAAUCUUCCUUCAGAUUCUCCUGCAUCAGGAACAUUUUUGAUACCGAAGAAAGGAAAACCUGGUAGCAGGUCUGUGGAUAAUCACAGGGGAAAGAAGAAUCUUGUUUUAUCUUCCUGGGGUGAUGAAUCUCUACUUUCUGAAGACUAUGUUAAUCCUUGUUAUAUUCCAGAUUUUUUUUGAGUCCCUACAGUGAGCGAACACGUCAAAAAUCUAAAGCACUUAAACGAAGAUGUGAUUGAUUUCGAUCUUCUUGAAGAUUUGAUAUCCUAUAUUGAUGAAAAUUACCCACUGGGUGCCAUUCUUGUCUUUCUUCCUGGUGUUGCAGAAAUUGACUUGCUGGUUGAUAAAUUAACAGCUUCAUUCCGGUUUGGUGGAGUGUCAUCUGAUUGGGUUCUUCCCUUGCAUUCAUCUCUUGCAUCAACAGACCAAAGAAAGGUGUUUCUGUCCCCACCUCAAAAUAUACGCAAGGUAAUUGUUGCCACAGAUAUUGCAGAGACCAGCAUAACAAUAGAUGAUGUAGUUUAUGUCGUUGACACUGGGAGGCACAAAGAGAACCGUUACAAUCCUCAUAAGAAAAUGUCAAGCAUCGUGGAGGACUGGAUAUCUCGGGCAAAUGCAAAGCAACGCCGAGGAAGAGCUGGACGUGUGAAACCUGGAAUUUGCUUUUGCUUGUAUACUUGCUAUAGAUUCGAAAAACUCAUGCGCCCCUUUCAGGUACCUGAGAUGUUGCGGAUGCCAUUGACCGAGUUGUGUCUCCAAAUAAAAUCACUUUCUUUAGGAGAUAUAAAAUCCUUUUUACUAAAGGCUAUAGAAACCCCACGUGAAGAUGUUAUUUCCUCUGCAAUUGACUUAUUAUAUAAGGUUGGAGCCUUUGAAGGAGAUGAGGUAUUGUCACCUCUUGGAUAUCAUUUGGCAAAACUACCCGUGGAUGUUUUGAUUGGGAAGAUGAUGUUGUAUGGUGCAGUAUUUGGUUGCCUAUCACCAAUUCUUUCGAUUGCAGCAUUUUUGAGUUACAAGUUUCCGUUUGUCUAUCCCAAAGAUGAGAAGCAAAAUGUGGAGAGAGCAAAAUCAGCAUUGUUGAGUGAAAGCCUGGACAAUAUACUUGCUUCCAAUGAGGGCAACAAAGAAUCAGACCACCUGUUAAUGGUUGUUGCCUACAAUAAAUGGGCCAGGAUUCUACACGAGAAUGGGGCAAAAGCUGCUCAACAUUUUUGCCGUUCAUACUUCUUAAACAGCUCUGUUAUGUAUAUGAUAAGGGACAUGCGUAUACAAUUUGGAAAUUUAUUAGCAGACAUUGGACUCAUCAAUCUCCCGAAACUUACUAUGAGUGAUGGUAAAAGGAGAGACAAGCUUGACAGUUGGUUUGCCGAUCUGUCUCAGCCAUUCAAUAUGUAUGCAUGUCAUUCUUCAAUUAUUAAGUCAAUCAUAUGUGCAGGUCUCUAUCCCAAUGUGGCUGCAACUAGAGAGGGUAUUGCUGGAGCAUCUUUAGGUGACAGCAAAGCACUAUACAGUAGCCCUGCUGUGAAGGAUCGUCCUAUAUGGUAUGAUGGAAGGCGAGAAGUGCACAUACAUCCUUCCUCUGUAAAUUAUAAUGCGAAAGGUUUUCAGUAUUCAUUUCUUGCAUUCCUUGAAAAGGUUGAGACCAGCAAGGUGUUCCUUCGAGAUACUACCAUCAUCUCUCCUUACUCUAUUCUUCUGUUUGGUGGCUCCAUGGUUAUCCAACAUCAGAUAGGACUGGUCAUUAUAGAUGGCUGGUUAAAACUGACUGCCCCAGCACAGAUUGCUGUUCUGUUUAAGGAACUCCGCAUGACACUCCAUGCUGUUCUAAAGGAACUUAUUAGCAAGCCAGAGAGGGCUACCUUUGUCAACAAUGAAGUGGUGAAAUCUAUUGUUCAUUUGUUGCUAGAGGAAGACAAAGCUCAACAAUCUCUACAUUGAGCAACUCUAAGCAACCUUUGCAGGCUCUGGAUGGGCAACUUAGAGCUGGAAAAGUCAGCACGCUUGUGCUGCGGCCGUGAUGUAAAAAAGCAGAGGAACAUUAUGCUUGGGUAAGAGAACUGCAAUGACACUCGUGACCACAAGCAAAAAUAGGUGAACAUGUUUUAAGAGAUACUAAGCAGGAUUGUCUCGCCAAAUCAGAGAGGACAUUCCGUUCCUGGCCAAGCAGAAAGAUGUAAGCUUACUGAAAUUUCUAAUCUAGCCAUUAGAGGAGUUCGGUGAUAUACAUGCUGAACAAGUUCCUUGACGAGCUGGCUCAUUCUGCUGUAAAUCAAAGAGAAGUAUUGAAGAAAAAGGUGCUGGUACUGGAAAUUCUGUUAUUUAAAUUGAUGUAUGCAUUUCAUGGAAGGAUGUAGAACUUCAACUGCUGUAGAAUCUCAAUGAAGAAAAGGCCUCUCACUAAACAUUUAAUUAUAAAAGCAUUUGUUAUUAAAUGAUUUUGGAUCCAACUA